CGAGCACAACUACAGCCAAAGCAUCGAUAUGGCAACCGACAACACAGAAUUUGUAUUCUUUUAUGGCGAUAGCGCGUCAGAAUACCCGCCCGGCUCCAAGAAUUACGUGCUAUCUCAGUGGUUUGACUGCAAGUUCAGCGAUCCGGAGCAGCCUGGUGUGAUAUUUACGUCCGCUGAGCAAUUCAUGAUGGCAGGCAAGGCCCGGCUGUUCGGCGACUCCGCCACGCUGGCCCUCAUCAUGGAGGCUCGCGACCCGGGCUGCAUGAAGGCGCUGGGGCGGCAGGUGGCGGGCUUCAAGCCGGACGUGUGGGACGCGGCGGCGUUCGACCUGGUGGUGCGAGGCAACUUCCUCAAGUUCGGGGCGGACCCGGAGCUGCGCGAGGUGCUGUUGGGCACCGGGGAUGCACUGCUGGUGGAGACGGCGCCGGAGGACAGGCUCUGGGGCAUCGGCCUGGAUGAGGAGACCGCCCGCGCCACACCUGCGUCCGAGUGGCCCGGCCGCAACCUCUUGGGCAAGGCGCUAGUGGAGGCGCGUGAGCAACUGCGGCGGCAGGAGCAGCAGCAGGACACGGAGCGUCAAAAGGAGGCGGAGCCGGCACAAGAAGACUCGGCCAAAAAGCGGAAGGCUGUGGCCGAGGACCCGCAGCAGCAGCCGGCGGACGACGGGGAGCAGCUGCUGCAGGGUCAGGACGAGGCGGCAGAGGAAGAGGAGGCGCCAGAGGGCAAUCCACGUGAGAAGCGGCAGCGUGUGGAGUGCCAGGAGGUGCUGGACACGCCUGAGGAGGCGCCAAAUGCCUGAUGCGGAUACUGUCUUGGUCAGGAUAACUAAGUCACAGGCGCACUGUGCUUAACCGUACAUAGCAUUCAUGAUGUAUUUAUGUAUGAGCGUGGUGACGCAGUUUGCGUUCAUGGUGCUUUGCAUGGUGGAAGAAUAAAUGAGCGAGCUGGCGCUGAUGUGCGCUGAUGGAGUUGUGACAGGCGGGAGUAUCGCUUGCCAGUUGCCACGUCCCAGGGCAGUUUGCAAGAGGGCCAUUUGCAGACUGUGCGACGAGGGUAUGAACCUGGUGUCAGCGCGGGUCAGCGUAUGGUUGCGCAGCCGCCACGAGCGCCCCCUGGACGUUCAGUUUUGAAGCACAAGAUAGCUACGGUACUCUUACCUGGGGGGCUGCGCCACCUAUUGCCGGACCCGUUGGCGCGGGUGGGCAAAAGACUGUAAGGCAAGAAGUGC